AUGGGAGAGCAAUCUCGGGAUGACGAUGACAAUGCCCCUCCACCCCGCGACAAAAAAGUAGAGUCAUCCGGGGACAAUGACAAUAAUUUACGUCAAUCUGCUAAUGUUGAUGGUCCCGUGUGUCCGCUUCAGAAUAAUGCGCCUCCACCAAAUGUAGCGACUAAAGAUGAAUCCAUGGACCAGCACAACAAGCCAAUGGCCUCGUCUGAAAAUGAUACAGCGAGACAACAAUCUGUAAAUGAAGGAAAAACCAGUAGGCCUUCAUCCCCCAAAAGAUCACCACUAGCUUGCAACAGAACAAACGAGGAUGAUAAAGCAUCAAUUACAUUAGACAAUGCACCAUUGCCCCAAAAUAAUAUACCAGGGCAAAAGGAAACCAAAAACCAGGCUAGUAUUUCGCCUCAAAAGAACACAAUACAAUCUGCUUCUCCGCCUCACAGGAAUGCAAUCCAGGAUGACAAUAAACCUCGGGCUUCCAGUGCUUCACAAAAUGAAAACGAAACAGCAGAUAAUGAUUAUCCAGCGUGUGUGCUGGACAAUGCUACCAAGGACAAGGAUUCGAGUGAGAACAAAAACGAAAGAUUAGGCGACGAUGAUCCUCCAAUGUGCGUGUUAGACAACGCGCCACCAACAGGCCACACGCAAACCAUGCCUGAUCAAACUAACUCCAUUGCACAACACAAUGCACCACCUGAUCAAACUAAUGUGACUGCAUUAAACGCACAACAGCUGAACAAAACAUGUACACAACAAAUCGUUAUCAACGGAACAGAUCCAAAGGCAACAAAGCAUAACAAUUUACACACACCUCAGCUCCGUACAAAUACUGGCACAAAUAUAAGACACCGUCCGCAAUUACAAAACAAAUACAGCCUGGAUGAGCGCGGCGGUGGCGCUAAUUACGACAACGAUGAGAACUAUGACUCAUCCGAUGGCGCCGGAGCUCCGGUUAUCUGCAGCAACACCGGUUAUGAGUAUUCCACGCCGGCGGACGGCCAAUCGCUUCCCGAAUUUGUCGGAAAUGAUGCGAAUGCGGCGGAGAUAUUCAAGGCGCCGCGCCGAGCCGCUGUGCAUCCGAACCGGCCGCCGUUCCUGGAGCUCCGGCCGCAUCCGCUUCGCGAAACUCAGGUCGGUAAGUUUUUGAGAACGAUUGCGAGUACGGACACGCAGCUAUGGGCGGGAGAGGAGUGUGGAGUUAGGGUUUGGAGAUUAUCGGAUGCCUAUAAGCCUGGGAUAGGGAUUGGAGGUAGAGCUAGACGCGGCGAUGAAGAUGCAGCGCCUUUUUAUGAGUCGGUGAAAACUUCGCCUACAAUGUGUCUGAUAAUUGAUUGCGGAAGUAAUUUGGUUUGGAGUGGACAUAAGGAUGGGAAGAUUAGGUCAUGGAAUAUGGAUGAGGAUUUAAAUGACAAUCCGUUUCCUGAAGCUUUUUCGUGGCAGGCUCAUCGCGGUCCUGUUCUUAGCAUGGUAAUAUCAUCGUAUGGCGACUUAUGGUCAGGUUCUGAAGGUGGUUGCAUACACGUCUGGCCUUGGGAAGCUAUUGCUAAGUCCCUUUCUCUAAAAUUAGAGGAAAGACAUAUGGCAUCUUUACUUGUGGAAAAAUCAUCUGUUAACCUCAGGAGUCAAGUUACCAUGAAUGGUGUCUGUAAUAUAUCUUCUCAAGAUGUCAAAGUUUUGUUGUGUGAUAAGGUUGUAGCUAAAGUGUGGGCAUUUGGGAGUUCUUCUAUCUCACUCUGGGAUGCUCGUACAAGGGAACUUUUGAAAGUGUAUAAUGUAGAUGGCCAUAUUGAGAACAGAGCUGACAUGCCAUCGGUGCAAGAUCAAGGUGUUGAAGAUGAGAUGAGUCAGAAAGUAGUUCUUAAACCAAAAAAGGAAAAGCCCCAAAAGGAAAAAACCCAAAAGGAACAAAAGGAAAAACCCCAAAAGGAAAAACCUCAAAAGGACCAAAAGGAAAAACCCCAAAAGGACCAAAAGGAAAAACCCCAAAAGGAAAAAACCCAAGGAUUUUUGAAGAGGUCACGCCAUGCUAUUAUGGGAGCUGCCGGUGCUGUUCGUAGGGCUGCGUCAAAGAGUGGGAACGAAGAGUCGAAGCUGAAAACAGAAGCUGUAGUGAUUGCCUCAAAUGGAAUGAUCUAUAGUGGAUGUACAAAUGGCUUAAUUGUUCAAUGGGAUGCAAAUGGCAAUCGUAUACAAGAGUUUAAUCACCAUCCCUGUGCAGUGCUAUGCUUUUGUACCUAUGGAUCACGCAUAUGGGUUGGAUAUGUGAGUGGCAUCGUUCAAGUGCUGGAUGUUGAUGGAGUUUUGGUUGCAGGUUGGGUUGCUCAUAAUGGCCCUGUUAUAAAAAUGGUAGUGGGAAAUGGUCAUGUAUAUAGUUUAGCUACCCAUGGUGGUAUACGUGGAUGGAGCAUCACAUCUCCAGGACCUCUUGAUCAGAUUAUAAGACCAGAAUUAUCCAAGAGAGAACAGAUUUACAAAAGACGAGAAAAUAUCAAAAUUUUAGUUGGGACAUGGAAUGUUGGUCAAGGAAAACCUUCACAUGAUGCACUUAUGACUUGGUUAGGUUCUGCAGUAUCAGAUGCCAGCAUUUUGGUUGUUGGUCUGCAAGAAGUGGAGAUGGGUGCAGGUUUUUUAGCCAUGUCUGCAGCAAAAGAAACUGUAGGACUUGAAGGGAGUGCUAUUGGGAACUUGUGGCAAGAAGCAAUUGGGAAGGCAGUGGAUGAAGGAUCAACUUUUGAACGUGUAGGUUCGAGGCAGCUGGCAGGAUUGCUCAUUGCUAUCUGGGUAAGGACUACUGUUAGAACAUACGUGGGAGACCUUGAUGCUGGUGCUGUUGCAUGCGGAUUGGGCCGAACAUUUGGUAAUAAGGGUGGUGUUGGUUUGAGGUUAAGAGUGUAUGAUCGUAUAAUGUGUUUUGUGAACUGUCACUUUGCUGCACAUCUGGAAGCUGUCAAUCGUCGAAAUGCUGAUUUUAGUCAUAUAUAUCGAACAAUGGCCUUUAGCCGGUCAUCUCAUCUCCUGAACAAUGCUUCUGCUGGUGUCUCAUCAGCCGCUCAAGGGCCUCGUGGUACAAAUGCGGUAGAGUCCAAUCCUGGAAAAGGGAAACCGGAUUUAGCUGAAGCUGAUUUGGUUAUAUUUUGUGGUGAUUUUAAUUAUCGACUUUUUGGAAUAUCUUAUGAUGACGCAAGAGACCUUGUGUCCCAGAGAAGUUUUGACUGGCUACGUGAAAGAGAUCAACUUAGAGCAGAAAUGAAGGCCGGUAAAGUUUUUCAAGGAAUGAGAGAAGCCAUCGUAACAUUUACGCCUACCUACAAGUUCGACAGAGGGAAACCUGGAUUAGGAGGAUAUGAUUCUGGGGAGAAGAAGCGCAUUCCUGCCUGGUGUGAUAGAAUAUUAUACCGAGACAACCGGUCAUCUCCAGCACAUGAGUGCAAUUUAGAGUGUCCUGUAGUGGGUUCAAUAUUACAGUACGAUUCUUGUAUGGAAGUGCUAGAAAGUGAUCACAAACCUGUGCGAUGCAAAUUAAAUGUUGAAAUAGCUAAUGUAGAUAGAUCAGUACGGAGGGAAGAACUGGGGAAAAUCCUCAAGUCAAACAAAGUGAAAAAUUGCGUGCACAAUGAGCUACAUUUUGUUCCGAAAACAGACGUUAAUACCAACCGUGUAGUCCUACAAAACCAGGAAACAAGAAGCUUUAAAAUCAUAAACAAGAGUGCAAUAGACAUAGCCAUAUUCCAGAUAAUAUGUGAAGGACAAGCUAUUAUUGAGGACAAUAACCAAGAUCUGGUAUUCAGUCCAAGAAGUGACUUUGGUUUCCCUCGUUGGCUUGAGGUCAUUCCAGCGUCUGGAGUAAUUGGAGCUGACCAAGUUGCAGAUGUUUUAGUUCGUCAUGAGGAAUUUCAUACUACAGAACAACUUCUUGAUACUGUUCCACAGACCUGGUGGACUGAAGACACCCACGACAAGGAAGUUAUACUGAAAGUAGUUCUAAGAGGUAACUGGUCAUCUGAUACAAGAAGUCAUAUAGUUCAUGUUCGUCAUUGCUACUCAGCCAAAUCAACGCAAACUGAUCCUUCAAAAGGCGGUGGCUCUGGAAAGCGGUCAGACGACAGUUCUUCCAGAAAGCAUUCAGAGGGUAGUUCUUCCAGAAAGCAUUCAGAGAGAAAGCACUCAGAGGGCAGUGGUUCCAGGAAGCACCGAGGAAACCGACGUGGAGGUAAGCAUGGAAACAAACAUUCUGAUAGUGAUGACAGUAGGAGUUCUAAGCAUGGAAACAAACAUUCUGAUAAUGAAGACAGUAGGAGUUCGCCCGGUUCUGAAAGAGAUUCAAAAUCAUAG